AUGCCGACAAACGAGCUCAAGAUGGAGGAAUACCCUGCACACUGGAAAGCCACCCUCAUGGGAGAAGCGUUCUGGAAAGACGCUGAAGAGUUCAACCAGCCCAUCAGUGACAGUAUCGACGCAAAUUCCCACCCUCCCCUCUCCAGAUUCCCCUUCAACAUCGGAUCCGAACAGCCACCCAGCUCCCACCAUCAUUCUCACCAGCAAGACCAACCCUCCCAAACCCCAGAAGAAUCUGAAAAGCUCCGCAGACGCUUCAGCACCAGCGACGCCCUCCGCUCCUUCGCAUCCAGAGCAUCAAGCCCGUUCCCUGCUCCGUCGCGCGGGUUCGAUCUGCGUCGUGGCCGUUCUCAAUCCCGUCCACCUUCCCCGUCUACUCCGCGUCGAUCAAACUCGAUUCUGCGCUCCACGUUCAACAUGCUGAGCAACAAGGCCUCAGAGUCUGCGUCUGUGGACCCCUUCUCCUCGGAGACUAGCAAGCGUGCUCGUAUCCCUGCUAACCAGGCGACUCCUACCCAUCCGUUGCUGCACUUCCGCGGCGGAGAUACCUGGGAGGCGCUGGAUAAGGGAAGACGCAGCCUGGGUCUGGACGUGCUUUUGCCCGUGGACGUGCUGAAAGAAGAAGCAGUCACCGCCGCCGGCGCAGCGAAGGCGCAUAAACCCAAGAACGCCUCAGGCGAACCAUCGCCGGAAUCCGAACAAGAGACAUCCGACUCCUCGCACAUUGUGCAGCGCGCCGAGUUCGAGGUCCUGCCAUGCAAAGAACUCGAGCCCCUGAGCCAGUUCCGUAAGCUGCGCGUUCUGAAGAUCACGGGCAUGAUGCAGUCAUAUCAGAAGGAGAUCUGGCAGGUGGCUUGGCUGAACGUCGAGUUGGAGGAGCUGGAGAUGGGAAUGGCUUUGAAGCCGCGGAUUCGGCAUCCUUAUGUCGAGCAUUGGCCGUAUAUCAAGGGUGGUUGGAUGAUGAGUAAGGAUGUUUAUGGGGAGCCUAUUUACUUUGGCACCGAAAUGUCCACCGGGAUCCUCCACCGCAAAGUCGGCUGCGGCGAAUAUCUCGACAAAACCCUCAUGGAAAAAGCCAAGAUCUGCGCGCUCGCAAUCGGCUGCAGCCGCCAACGUCUCUCCAUAAAAACCCUCCGCCUAACCGGGUUCGUCGUAGACGCCGACCCCUUCCUGCACUGGUUCGACCCGAAGCGUCUCAAGACGAUCGAUUUCAAAGACUACUGCGUCGACGCGGGGUUCUAUCUCUCGAUGCCGAUGGCGAAGGUCGAGGUGUUGUUUCCGCGCGAGAUCGACAACAAUACGAAGGCUGUGGUGGGUCGUAAGACGACUAUGUACAAGGAUUUGAAGGUGAUUCGGAUCGAGGGGGGCAAGAAGGGAACACUGAUAGCAGGGAGUUUGCAUUGGGUUUGCAUGGUUACUGGCUGGGUGGUUUUCUUGCGCGUGGAGUUCAGGUUCAGCGAGUUCUUGUACGGUGUUUAUGAGGAGGCGAAAAGUCGUCGUACAAGAGUCCCAUGGAUCCUAGAUACGAAUGACAUGGACAGUCGGCUGCAGACCGGUGUAACUCGAGGCCAGGGAAAGCCGGCCAUGUCUCGCGGGUCAGCGUCGCAGCACGAAAGUCAGGAUUCGCGACCGUUAGAAUCAGGACGGGGUUGCGUUGUCCGCAUUGGCUGCAUCCCAGACCCGGUCUUCGAUGACGACACCGUCGAGGUCAGCAUGACGACUUCAGAGCCGGUGCCUGUGCCGGCUCCGACUCCUACUGCGCCUGUCUCUCCUAUUCCGACCGUCAUUCCGGGCGACAUUCCUAUCCUGCAGGAGAUUCACGAUGCCGGAAAGCGCACAUUAUGGGUCGUCACCGUUCUCAUGGCCCUAUCCUCCGUCGUCUUCUACAUUCUCGCCGGACGGUCACCCGUACCCAAACGCGUCUUCCACACCCUCGUCGCCCUUAGCACGACCAUCUCCUUCCUCGUCUACCUCGCCCUUGCCACCGGCGAAGGCAUAACUUGGAAACACGACCUGAUCCGCCACACGCACAAACACGUCCCCGACACCUCCACAGACUGGUACCGCCAAGUGCUCUGGCUCCGCUACGUGAACUGGUUCCUCACCGAACCCCUCACCCUGAUCAACCUCUCCCUCGUCUCGGGUCUCCCCGGCGCGCACCUCCUCGUCGCCGUAGCCGCCGACUUCGCGAUGUUGGGAUCCGGCCUGUUCGCGACCUACGCGGGCCACACGGCGCGCCGAUGGGUUUGGUUCGCGAUCAGCGCCAUCGCGUACCUGGUCGUUGUGUACCAGGUGGGCGUGAAUGGUGGGAAAGCGGCGAGUAGGAAGGAUGUGCAGACGAAGAGGUUCUUUGGGGCGAUUUCGGGCGUCGCGUUGUUGGUUAAAGCGUUGUAUCCGAUUGCCCUUGCCGCCGGCGCCCUCGCCUUGAAAAUCAACCUCGAUUCAGAAAGCAUUCUCUUCGCCGUAUAUGAUAUCAUCUCGCAGGGUAUCCUGGGCUACUGGCUUCUGAUUGCGCAUGAUGGUUCGCCUGGAAUAACCCUCUACGUCGACGGCUUCUGGACUAAUGGAAUUGGUAACGAGGGUGCCAUUCGGGUUGGUGAUGAGGAGGGUGCUUGA